GCCAUAGCCAUCUUGUGUGAAACUUGUGUUUCUGUUGAAUCGUUAAGGUUAAGUGAGUGUAUAGUAUAUUUCAACUACAAUUUAACAAAGUAUAUUAAUUACAAAACAACGAGUUUGUCUUAAUAGACAGAAGACUUACUCCAUUUGACUCCAUUUGAUGCUCGUAGGAGUCACUAGGCAAGCUUCAGAAGAAUAGAAUGUGUAUAGGUCUCUAUUUUUCAAGUUGUGUAUUGUGAUCUGUUGGAAACUUCACUGGUUGGUGAACUCAAGUGUUUAAGAUUCAAAGGAAGUUUAAUUUACCAAAAUUCCGGUCCCUGUAGUAAAAGUGGAGGGUGCCCAUUCCGGCAAAUCAAGGGAGGGUAAAAUGACGAAGCAAAAUCGGUCCAACACCGGGCGUGCCACCCGCACCAGGGGGCCCGAACGAAACAGCAUUGUAGCCAAAGGAGUGUAUAACAACUCCCCGUUCAUGCAUACAGCCACGUCACUUGUGGGGAACACAGUACAGAUAGAGACACAGAGUGGAUCAGUUUAUGAGGGGAUUUUCAGAACAUUUUCCACUAAUUUUGAAGUGGUAUUAGAAAUGGCGCACAAAGUAACCUCAAAUGAUCCUUCUCAAAUCGAUGUAGAUACUGUCCUAGAUGUUAUAAUAUUCAAACCUAAUGAUAUUGUUACUAUGGAUGCAAAAAACAUUGAUCUCGAAUACGCCACAAGAGACACUUUUCAAACAGAUACUGCUAUCAGUAAGUUCAAUGGGCAACUCGGUGAAAAAGAGCUUGAACCGUGGGAAGAAUCGACUAGUAAUGGUGAUGAAUUUGACUUAAAUGGAGCAGCUGUCAACGGAUGGGAUGUUCAAGACAUGUUUAAAAAGAACGAGCAAGCCUACGGAGUGACAUCUACAUUUGACCAUUCCUUACAAGGUUACACUGUACCUUUACAAAAACAGGACACCAAAGAGUUUAAGGAAGCGGAAGCUAAAGCUGCCCAAAUUGCUAAUGAAAUAGAAAGUAAUCCCACUUACAAAGCGAGGAUGGACCUAGAAAAUGGAGAUGAAGAGGAAAGGUUUGCUUCUGUGCAAAGGCCAGGAGACUCUAGCAGUGACGCAAGCAAACCGUACAUGCCUCCUGCGAAGAGGAAACACCAGCAAGCUGGAAAGUUUGUUCGAAACAAUCCUCCCUCACAGCCCGCCUCUUCUCAGCCCCCGGUGAAGCCCCAGACUCACUCAUCAUUGCCUAAGUCACCAUUAUCCCAACACAACCCUCCACCAUUCCAGCAACAACCCCCUCCCCAGCCUGCACCAUCCAUGCGCCAACCUCCACCCAACAAACCCAUGGCACAAUCACCUGUUACCACAGUGCCGUCCCCCGUAUCUUACUCCACAAACCAGCAGCCUUUACCUCAACGUGAAAGAUUGGGUAGACAGAUGGAUCAACAACUUUCUAAAUCGCAAAAACCUCCCCCCGGCUUAAGGACUGGAAGGGGAUAUCCACAAGAUAGUAACAUCGGCCCUAGGUAUCAGACUAAUGGAGAGUCAGAAGUGAUGAGGAGUAGCCCGGCUACCACACCCUCUGACUCCAAACCUCCGCUACCCAUGUCUCACAGCCCUCACAUCAGGCCACAAGGUCCUCCUCCAAUGCCACACCAGCCAAUUGUAGAACACCCCCUGCCACCUAACUCUCCUCAGGUGCUCUGUCAUCCCCCGCCAUUUGCCAUGUCCCAGCCCCCCAUGAUGCAACAGCCUGUAGAACAACGUAAGAGCCCGAUAGUAGAGGCCCAGCAGCAGCAACCUCCCCCUCCAAGUCACAGAAAACCACCAAGGCCUAGAGAGGACACAAUCUCCGAGUUGAAGAAAUUCGGGAGUGACUUUAAACUCGCUGAAGUGAGUUCGGAAGACAAUAAAAUGCACAUGGGGAUGAACGAUCCGGAUCAACAGUCUGAGGGUAAAGAUCAACACGGUAACGAAGUAGAUAAAGUUUCCUCAACUCUGAAGAAGUCCACUUUGAAUCCCAACGCUAAAGAGUUCAAACCGUUUACACCUCGCUCACCAAGUACUCCUACUCCUUCUAGACCACACACUCCGCAGACUCCUAACUACGGUCCUAGUCCCGCACUUCCGAAUGUGAUGGUUCCAGCAACCUACGUAGUCACAAACCAACCGACUUUCACAGCUGCCACUCCCAAUCAAGGCCAUCGCUACAGGAAGGUGAUGCCAGUUUCUCACAGGCCAGACCUCUCGCAGAUGCAGGUCGCUGCAGCCACAGGUCAGCCUCUGCUUGCGCCGGUGCCGAUGGGAGCGCACUUCACUGUGCCUUACACGGCGCCGCGUCACCUCGCCCCUCAGUCUUACCAACAGAUGAUGAUGCAUAUGAUGGCGCAGCAGGGUGGCGGAAUAGUGCCUUUGGUGCCCACUUCGGCCAUCAACUAUCACCACGAGAGUCCGACACAGCAAGGCAACGUGCCACAGUUGCAGUACAUGAGCCCCGCAGGAGCCAUGCCUCCACAUCCCCACCACCUGCACACUCACACUCACCCCACCCCCAACACAGCUCCGCCACCCUCUCCAGCCAGCAACUACCCCCAGCCUCUGCCACCCCCGCCCAACGGUCCUCCCACACACGCGUACCCCAUCAUGUGUCUGCCUGCCCAGCCUGCUCCCAAUGGCCCACACAUGAUGGCCCAACAGUACAUACACCAUCAUCAUCAGCAUCCCCCCUCCGUCGACAACCAGCAGCAGCCGCCUCACAUCCAGGUCAUCGUCAACCACCAACCCGCCAUGAACCAAUGAUCACCUCUCCCGCCGAUAGUCAAUACUCGUAGGUAAAUGCUGGCGUUUCUAAAUUACGACGACGUACGCAUGGCUUAACUUCUCUCGGAUUCAGAGAGACAACUGGGGAAAAAUAUUAUUCCGACUAAAUUUGUAAGUAGGCCCGUUUGUGAAGUCUGUUGGUUCAUAUGACCUGACUGUCUGCUUCCAAACAACGCUUGUUGUCUGUUUGUGAAAUGAAUAAUUAUCAACACCAGUUUUAUAGCCUCCAAUAAUCCGUUGGAAUAUUGCAACUGAAUUCCUAUAUUUCAAAGUCAAAAGUUUUUGGCUGAAAAUUUAAUUAUUUAGUGGAUUGCAAAAUUUAAAAGGCCUACUUUGAAUAAUAUUUUUUGAGACUAAGCAUCAUUUUAAAAUUUCGACUUAAACAUCGAUAUAUUUAUUAAUAAAAAAAUAAAAUUCCACCACACAUUAAUAAUUAUUUUUUGUGUAGUUAUUUUUACAAGCUUGGUGAACCCCUUGUAAUUCUGUUCUUUUCCGAAGAAGCAAUAAAGCUAAACAAAAAUAUAUACUUUAUAAUGUGUCGUUUGUUCCAUGUCUUAUUGUUAACUUGACAAUCAUUUAAACAUCUGUGUUUUUCAAAAUGCCAACGCCAUGCAAUAAUUGAGUAAAUACGACAUAUAGUACUGUCGGUUAUCCAGCAAAACAACAUUGGUUUAUUUUCUGAUUUUAGACUGUAGGAAGCUGAACAAGUUUUAUUCCAGUCUUAAAAUCAAUCAAAAUUGUUUCCUUCUACCCUAACACCUUAAAGCAAAACAACAACAUUUACUUAGUUAAUAAUAAUGUUUAAUUUUUGCUGGUGCCUAAUUGAUAUUUUUUUGCUACUAUUCAUAUAUUUCAUUAGGUACCUAAGUCUCUUAUAUUGUAAAAGUGUCAUAUGCUCACAAUUAAAUAUUUGCCACUAUCAACUUGUUGAGCAUAAAACGUUAUUAUCAUGACACCAACAUUUAUUAUUACACUUAAAAUUACUUCCCGUGUCAAAAUUGUUUUAGUGCUGUUAAAUGCUGAUUUAGUAAGCAUAGCUCCCAGUUAUGAAAAUACAAGAGAUUUCACCCAAACUUUCGUUCUAAAGCCAUUAUCCAAUCCCAUCUCCUUGAAAUAAAAACUAGAUUUCUAGUUAUACCAAGUAUGUUUCAUUAGGGAACCAUACAAUAUUAUUUACUAUAGCUAAUAUAGGCAAAAGAGAAUGUUAUAUCCAUUCAAACGGUUUGUUAUUUUCGUAAUAUGUAUUUAGAAACGGAUACAUACUAACGAAAGGUAAAAGUUUGACUAAACAUUUCUCGGAGUCGUAUAAAGAUAAGAUUGAUAUUCUUAUGAGGAAAAACCAAGUUUUCUCGAGGUAAAUGUGAAAUCAUCUUUACGACUCAAUGAGUUUUCUCAUAAAGUUGUUACACUUUCAUUAGAACAAUUAAAAGUAGCCAACACAAACCUCUGCUAAAAAAGCUCUUGUUAUUGAGGUUAUACGUCAUGUUUUGUAUAAUUUAAGUUUGUCUCAGUGAAUUGGUCUUGUAUUUUUAAAUACCUUAAUAAUUAAUAGUUGUGUUUAUUGUUUUACUACCAAACAUUACAAUGUACUGUAUCAGUGAAUAUAUAUAUAGUUACAUGACUAUUUUUUUGAAAUUAAUUUUUCUAUUAAUUGGCAAUUUUUUAUGUUUUGUAAGCAAAUGGUCUAAACCCUGGUCUGUUACUAUUUAAUAACAAUAUUUAUUCGUUAACAACAAUUCAUUGAUAGCUAUUCAUGCUCUUUUAUUUAGAAUUUUUUCUCUCUAAGCUAUCAACAGGAAUAUAUUUUUGAAAGUUUUUGUGUCCUUUUACUUUUCCUGUAUCAUACAAAAUUUAAACUUCAAAGUGUAAUAUGAUGGUCAGAGUUCUAAAAUAUGAGUUUCUCUAAAAGUAUUCUAUUGCAAUAAAGCAAUAAGCUUUAUUUUUUUACAGCUUUCAAAGAGUGAAAUACUCUUUUUUCUAUUUAAUAUUACCAUUUAAAUAAGCUUUAGUAUUUUAAAAAGUGGUUUGUAUAUUACUAUACUUAAAUUGAAAGUGUAACAACUACGAUAACAUACAAUAUUCUUAUUUAUCAAUAUUGCAUUGUUAUCGACAACUAUAUACCUUAAAUGUUACAUUUACGAAGGUAUAGUAAUGUUUUUUUUUUAUUAACAUUUUUGUCAACUCCAUUGGUUCUGAAAUGGUUUACUUAAAUUUUCUUUAUUUCAAACCACCAACAAUUUUGUUGUCAUAAAUUGUCUCAAUACGUUUGAAAUUGAUUUACUCUAAAAUAUCUGUUCUGAACAGCAUUGUUAUUUUCCAUGUAUCUGUUCAUUUAAUAAAAAUAUUUAAAGUUGUUGUUUUGUAA